AUGAUUUUUAACUUAAACUUUUGUAUUAUUUUUUUAUUCUAUUUUUUUGUAACAUACAUAUGUAGAAGUAUUAAAUUACACGAUAAAAGUAAACUAAUAAAGAAUAAUUUCAUGAAUAUCUCUAAUACACCAGUUAAAACAAUUAGAAAUAAAAAUAAUUUAAAAAAAUAUGAUGUAAAGAAAUAUAAUAUAAUGAUUACUUAUUAUGAUAAGUCAGAUAUUUUCCAUAAAAGUUUUUUUUUAUCAAUAGAUGAAAAGGCUAACAUCAAGGAUUUAAAAAAAAAAAUUGAAAAUUUACAUGGAAUACCAACAAUGUUUCAAGAAAUACUAUAUGAAAAUAAAUCAUUAAAUGAUGAUUUAAUUAUAAAAAAUAUAAUUGAAGAUAAGAAAAUAAAGCUGUUAAAUUUUCGUCUUAUACCUAUACUUCCACACAUAUUUAAUGAAGAAAAAAAUGAUGAAUAUGAAAAGGAAAAUAAAAAAAUUCGAAAUUUAAAAGAUAAACUAAAAUAUUUUGGAUAUAUAACCCUUCUUAAUGAAUAUAAAAAAUUAUUAAAAAAAUUAGAAGAAAAAAAAUAUAUCAUAAAAGAUGUUGAUAUUAUUGAAUCGUUUAAGUCUUUUGAUAAAGAAUUUGAAAAUACUUUAAAAAACAACAAUAUAAGCUUAGAAAAAAUAAAAAAAGAGAUAGAUGAUUUAAGAUAUAUUGAUAAAAAAAAAUUAUUGUUGAGAUUAGAAGUAGAUUAUCCAUUAAUGAGCAGUUUAUUACUAGACAGAAUAAAACAAUUAAUUCAAUUUUAUUAUUUAGGUGAUGUUAAAUCAGUAAUUAAGUUUUCUAUUUUUUUCUACAUAUUAUAUAAAUAUGCCAAUUAUCCAAAGAAUAUUAAAAUCUUCUUUUUAUAUUUAUCCAUUUUUAUAUUAAUAGCACCCUGUAAAUAUUUUUAUAAAAUUUUUCACUUUCUUUUUUUUUUUGUUCCUCAAGAUAUAUUAUUUUCAGGAUUCACAAAUAUUUUGUCUGCUUCUUAUCAACAAAUACUUAUGUGUCAGUAA